CAAUACACAUGAAUGUGAUAUAAUAACCAUGAAGAGGAUUCAUUUCUAUGAUCAAUGUAGGGAGGUAAAUACCUCCUAAUGUCCCAUCCCAUAUGUAAUCCAAAGUAGCAUCCAAUAUGGAAUCCAAUGAACAUCCACAAUACUACAUAGUUUUAUAACACUCCCCCUUGGAUGUCCAUUUAUUAAGAAUAUGCCUCAUUAAAACCUUACUAGGAAAAAUCCUAUGAGGUAAAAUCCUAGUGAAGGAAAAAGAGUGCAUAAUCAUAAUACUCUAUCUGAAACUUCCUCGUUAAUAACCUUACUAGGAAAAUCCAGUGGAAAAAACUAUGGUUAAGGAAAAAAGAGUACAGUGCCUAUAUGCCCCACUCAUGACAACAUCAAAGUGUAGUUUUGUGAACAAAACUUUCAAAUAUAGUCAUGGUAAGUUUCUUAGUGAACAAUUCUUCUAGAUUAUCACUUUAUGCAUAAUCUAUUAGGACCAUUUUCAUCAUACAUGGUCUUCAUGAUCAUUUUCUAUGAAGAUAGUCCACAACCACAAGUCAUUUAGACGUGUUGAGUCAUAAAUCUCAACCAAACAACUCAUACAAUGUCUCAUGAAUGCUAACCAUUGUGCAUGAUCUGAUGGUGUAGCAUUUAUGAUUUGGAGGACAGAGGAGGAAGAACAAGAUGAUUGGCCUUGUAGGCUGUCCUUGAUGAUUUGGUUCAUCUGGAAACAUAGAGUUGAAGUUACUUUCAAAGGGAAAAGGAUGGCAGACUCAUCCCUUAUUAACUACGUGACAGCCAAGGCGGUGGACUGGUUACGAACUUGGGAUAGAGCUAGCCUUCACCUGAGCAACAUGGAGAAGCCGCAACGAGAAGACUGCCAAAUCGGUUGGAAGGCUUUGCCUGGUAAUUGGAAAAAGAUGAACACAGAUGGAGCGGCGCAGGGAGGAUCAGGUUUAGCUACUGCGGGAGAGGUUCUUCGUGAUAGAGAUGGUGUUUGGAUGUGCUGAUUUUGCUGCAAAAUUGGUACAGGGUCUGCAAUUUUGGUAGAACUAUGGGGAAUCCACCAAAGCCUUCAUCUAGCCUGGAAAGUAGGAGUCCAAUUUCUCAUUCUUGAAACAGACUAAAAAUGGCCAUUGAACUCAUCAAGAACCGAUAAGAUCCUGCUCAUCCUCACGCGACUAUACUAACAGCUAUUCGUUGGAUGAUGUCUCAGAAUUGGUUGGUGCAAUUAGUUCAUACGUAUCGCGAAGGGAAUAGAGCCGCAUACUGGCUCUCGAAGCACAGUCUCGUCUUUCCCUUCAGUACACAUGAACUAAUGAAUCCACCAAGAGAACUAGACAAGAUCUUGCUUGAGGAUAUGGUGGGGGUCUGUUUCCACAGAAUGGUACUGCAGAAUCAAGUUUGAUUUGGGCAGGGGUUUUUACUUUUGUACUCUGAGCUUUUUCUUCGGUUUCCCUAUUCUGAGUUGCUGUAUAUGUGCAGUAGCUUAGGAAUGGUGGUGUUUUGUUGACUUUUGGCAUUAUUGCCUCCCUCAAUUCAAAAAAAUAAAAAAUAAAUCAUCUUUGAUCCACAUAGUUACCUGAAGGUAAUGAAGUAAAAGCUCAACUUUGUUUGAUUGUCAUAUACAAAGAGACAAAUAUAUCUUGCUAAUAUAAUACUACUGAGUGAAAUGCUAGAUGACAUAUGGCUAGCAAUACACAUUAGUGCUCUAAUGACACCAAUAUCCGGUACUUCAGGACCUAAUCAUUCAUUUCUAUCCAAAUGCCUAAAUGAACCCUUUUUCACUUCUAGUGACCUUAUGAUGAUUAGGCUGCGAAUGUAUGUCAUUUUUCAUACAAAAUAGCUCUUUCACUUUUUCGAUUUGAUCUCCUUGAUCCACAAAAAAAGGAUCUUCUUAAAUCAUUCAUGUUUGAUUUCUUUCUCUAAGCAAUCUAUUGCUUUAUGAAGCUCUUUUUAAGUUUCAACAAUAUUUCUAUAGAAAUUAUAUUAGAUCAUUAUGAAAUAACAUCUUGACUCUUCUCUUCUAAAUAACUAUAAAAAUUAACUAACAGAAUUGUAUGCAAGCAAUUACUUCAUACCACAAGGUAGGGGUGGCUAUACGGUCUGGUCCGGUUAAAUUGGACCAAAUUGAUCCGGUCUCAGUCCGGUAUUUUCGAGAAUAUAAGGACCAAAGAUUGGAUUGGAUACACUCCGGUCUUGAACUUGUGGAUAUUUGAGUGUUGGGGGUCUCUUAUCCGGUCUUUAUCCGGGUUUUUUUACCUCAAAUCUAAGCCUGAAUAUGAGAUUGGAUUGUUUGCUAUCCGAUCCCAGUCCGGUUCGGUCCGGGUUAUACGGUCCGGUUUCGGGUAAAACCAAACAGUCCUGGAUCAAAUUGCCAGCCCUACCACAAGGUCACAAGCAAAAGUCACGUCACACACACAACAUCACUUAACCAAAUCACACUCAUAAAUCAAAACACAUACAUAAAACUAAAAUCACAAUAUCAUGCACAUAAACCUAAGUGUCAUUACACAAUCACACAUGUCAAAGUUCAAAUGCAAAUGCUCUAAUGCACUUUAUUCGAAUUUAAGCACGUAAGUGUUAUUCAACCACUUCCUUUAGCAUAUAUGCACUUAGAUGAAUAUACCAUAUCCAUCCAUAUUAUCUCAAUCCAUACAAGGGAUGGUUUUAUCCAUCGAUAUUGUUGUUGAGAACGUCACAUGUUUGCUUCCAGGCAACCUAAUCCUUCGGGAAGUUUUGUACAUAUAUCAUUAUCAAGGGAUCCAUACAAAUAGGCUAUCACAAUAUCUACCUUAUGCAAAUUUCAUACUUCUUGAACUGCCAAACUAUUUAAAUUUCACAACAUAGUUGCAUCCACCACAAGAGAGUAUGUCACCUUAUAAUUAAUGUUAGGUUUCUACGAGAAAUCUAUUAAGAGAUAUUGUGCAAUAUCUCUCACAAUUUCACAUAUUUUCUUGCGCGUUUGCACACAACUCUUUUGUAUCCUAUUAGUUUUACAUCUUGAGGUGUAAGGACUCCUGUCCCAAUAUUUUUACCAAAUAAGCCUAAGGCUUUAUUUUAUUUUGGCCAAUAAUUUAUUCUGUUGCAUGCAUUAAUAUACUUUUACUUUUGAUCCUCAUUUGUAUUUAUCACAUACAGCGCUGCAGCACAUUCAAAAACUCUCGUCAACGACAAGAUCACUUUGAUUCCAACAUUUUCUUCAUCUGAGACAUAAUGAAGACCAGACAAAUUCGUAACAAGUUGAUGAAUGAUGGCGUGAUCUUUAUGCCGAAUGUCAGUGCAUGCCAGAAGGUUAGUCUAGUCAAUGUCCCUCUAUCAUUAAAUUUCGAAAGUGCAUUUGUUUGUAUUCGAUGUUUAUAACAUAUAGUGAGUGUUUCGUUGCUAGAUAUUUAUGCCAGUUCUUGACGAUGAAGCACGUCAUUGGUUUCUGUAUCUCGUCAAUGUCCAGCAAAAAACUGCAUUUUUGCUUGACAGUCUACCUUCAACUAGUGAGGCGAAUCGUAGUCGUAAAUCAGCACUAUGCAAUAAUUGGACACUUUGAUAGAACACUUAUCUUCUAUCUGGUCGACCUCUUUCCUCAUCCGGUCGACCAUUUUGUUAAUGACUGCCAUCAAGUGGUUGACCUAUAUACCUUAGGUGGUCGACCAUGUUGUUUCUUACGCCAACGAAAUGGCCGACCCAGGUUUUAUUCUGGUCGACCAAAAAUAACAACUUAAACUAAGUGCGGUCGACCAGGUGGUCGUCGAGGUCGACCGCAAUGAUUUCUCGGGGUGCCCAAAUUAGUCGAUUCGGUUGACCACCUUCAGCAAUAGGUCGACCGAAAAGUGCAUGUUACCGUGACAUGCAUGUCAUAGUAGGCAUACCCUUAAAAAUUAACAUUUGUUUUUUAUGACAAAUUUCAACGCAGAUUAAACUGCUUAAAUUACUAUAAUCAUUCCAAUUUCCACCUAAAUCUAUAUGAAAUUAAACUUUGUUUUCUUUAUUAAUUAAUUACCUUCCUUUAGCUCAUCCUACUAAUUAACGAAAUGGAAUAAAACGUUGCUUUCCAU